UCUACUGUCACAACGCAAUGGAAAGGCUGGGGAAAUCGCAUCUUUAUUUUAUUGCGUUCUCGGAAAAACAGCAUUAAUUUAUACUCCAAGCAACAAGCUGCCAGUACCAGGAUCUAUCUGCUCUUUUUCUCUUCCAUUGGACUUCCAACGCUUUUUUGAUUUAGGGACAAGCUGGGUGUGAUCGUCACGAACAAAGUGUGUUUUUGAUGGCUGCUAAAUCAGCCUUUACUUCUACAAAGAGAUCCUAAGAAAUAAGAGAGGGAAAAGUCUGCUCGCAUAAUCUUUUUUAAAAGGGAGAGAGCAGUGUUGUGGGUUUUUUUUUUCUCUUCUGUUUGGAUUUCCUUUUAAACUUACGAAAAAUGGCAACAGCAGCAUAUGUGGAUCAUUUUGCAGCAGAGUGCCUUGUUUCUAUGUCCAGUCGUGCUAUUAUCCAUAGUCCCAAAGGGGAGCCUGAUCCUCAACCUGAUGCAGCAAUACCUCCUUCAUCAAAUGGAGAAGAUAAGCGUGAAGUCAGAGAAACCGGGAAAGACAAUGGAUCAUCAUUACUUGUGGUAGCUAGCAUUUUAGCAGAUCUGAACCAGCAUGUCCCAAACUCACCUGCUCUAAGGAUGGAAAAAACAGAGACCUUUGAUAUCAGAGAACAAAUACACAUUUCUAUUGCUCCUAAGGAGUUUGUGGAAGAAAGCGUGUCUUCGGCUGGUAAGCGUGGAGAAGGAAGAGCAGCCACACCUACUAGCCUGGCUGCAGUAACUGAGCCAAGCCCCAGACAAAAGAACAAACGCACGAGAAGCUGGACUGACCCUGGAUCACCCCAGAAAAAGCACAAAUGCCACUAUGUGGGGUGUGAAAAAGUUUAUGGCAAAUCUUCCCAUCUUAAAGCUCAUCUAAGGACCCACACAGGUGAACGGCCUUUUGAAUGCAACUGGCAAGCAUGUAACAAGAAGUUUGCUCGCUCGGAUGAGCUGGCCCGCCAUUACCGCACUCACACUGGAGAAAAGAAGUUCAGCUGUCCUCUCUGUGAGAAACGCUUCAUGCGCAGCGACCAUCUGACAAAGCAUGCCCGUCGCCAUGCCAAUUUCCACCCAAGCAUGCUCAAGAGGCGAAGUGGAAGCAGCUCAAGAACAGGGUCUGUCAGUGACUACAGCCGCUCAGAUGCCUCAAGUCCAACAAUUAGCCCUGCCAGUUCCCCGUAGACCUACCUGCACUGGA